UGGCAGGAGACCCCAACUCUGUCUUUGUAACUGUUCUGUGGCUAUUUGUUAGGGCAAAGCUGACGGCGAAAGCGUGACGGACGGUUCGAAGAAGGGCAAGGAAUGGAAAGCGAUCCCGAGGUGAGAGCAGAGGAGGUGAUAGCGAAGCUCAAGGAUGAUGGAGAUUUCGACAAGCUCCGCCUCAAGAUCAUCCGUAAGCUGAAGGAAAACGAAGACUUGCGUAACAGUAUUGUCUCAAUGGUGAAGCAGUCAGCAGCACUUAAUCGUCCAGGAGCUGAGAACUUGAAACCUAGACAACUCUCUGAUGCCAUUCACGAAGAGAUGGGGGAAAAAGUUAUGGGCCAGAUUUCUGAUAGACUUUGGAAAGUAAUCAGAUCAAGUGACGGCAUGAAAAAUGAAAUCACUGAUACAGUACAAUCUGUGUAUAAUAAGCUAGUGAACCCAAAGAAGGAAGUUACUGAAGUAUCCUCCCCUAAAAAUCCAAGCACAGUUAAGAAGGAAGCUGCAAGUAGUAAUGGUUCUCCUGCAAUCCCUUCCUCUGAAAGAGAAGUUACGUCAUCUGAUAUUGAACCAGAAGAACCACCAGGUUUCUCUCUAUGCAGUCAUCAAGGCAACAAUCGCUGGAAUGAAUGCCAAGAUCAGUCACCAAAGCCCAUGGGUCAUGAGCAAGGACACGAGGAGGGAAAAAUGGAAGAACCUCGUCAUCCACACGAUGAUGCAUCAGAACUGAAUGACAGUGGUCCAAGUAUCCCACCUGGCUUUGCUGCAUAUGUUGAUCAUGAUCACCACCCAUGUGAUGGCAGUGAUGAGGACCCUGAUGUACCCCCUGGUUUCGGUUGAUGAGCUGCUGUUCAAUCCUCCUUUGGAUGAUGAUGCAACCAUGGGUUGUGCGUGGGUUCUACCACACCACACUAUCAUGUGCUAAGCAGGCUGGAUAAUAAUAUUCUAUCACCCAUCAGACUAGUAGAUUAUGGUCCUUUGGUGGUGGUUCAAGCAAAGAAUUGCUACCAUCAUUUUGUGGAUGCUAGCCCUUAGUUCCAAGACGUAUUACAGCUGCAAGCCCGUAGAAAAAAAAAAAAAAGAAAACCCUUAAGGAGGGAGAAGUUUAGGUGAGGCCAUGUUCCGUGUGAUAACUUGUUAAUACACUUAUAAUAUCUGGCUUUUACCCAAGUGUGGCAGACUUGAAGGGUUUAGUUAUAAAGAUGAUGUUACCACCACAAA